ACCACCGAAUCGCGUAAUGGCGGCGUGUGGUCGUAUAGAGAUGGACACGGAGGAAAACAGUGGCUCGCAGUCGGUGGGUGCGGCGGGCUCGGGAGACGCCGCCAUGUUUUCCGGUUUCAAGGACAUGGACGCGUUUGUGAAGCACGGUCUCGGAGCGGUCGUCGCAGUGACGAAGGCGGCCGCCGGUCUCCCCCAAGCUGGUGAUGAGUACGAUUUCUACCGCAGCUUCCCAGCAUUCCAGUCUUUCUGCGAAGCUCAGGGGGACAGGCUUCUGCAGUGCAUGAGUCUUCUGAUGAGGUACCAUGGCUGCCGAGCGCACAGCAGGGACAGGAACAGCCUGACGGGCCUGGAGGAGAGUUUCGAUCUGGUCGUGGACUCCAAUGAUGUCAUUCUUGAAAGAGCGGGGAUCCUGCUGGACGAGGCGUCCGGGGUCAGUCGGACCCAGCAGCCCAUCAUGCCUGUGGGUUUCCAGCCUCCCAAGACCGUGGUGUCCAGUUGGAACCGCAGGGGCGGAGACUUGGCUCAGAGGAACACCUUGGAGACCAUCCGCCUGCUGCAGGCCAAGAACAUCCAGCGACCACAGCUGAAGUUCAAGGAGAAGGUGGACAACAGCAACACGCCCUUCGUCCUCAAGAUCUUCAUCAAGCCCAACGCCAUAAAGCCACUGUCGUCCUAUUUCACCAACAAGCGCCUGCGCAAGGAGCGGCCCGAGGACCUGGACAUCCCGGCGGCUCUGGCUGACUUUGUGCACCAGCAGAGGACCCAGGAGCACAUGGAUGACAUGUUUGCCCACCCCUAUCAGUACGAGCUGGACCACCUGUUGAUGCCCGAGAGCUUGAUGUCAAAACCUGAACCGCAGAUGUACAGACCCAUCGAUGAGACACCCUGCAAGUUCAUCGACAGCCUGGAGGAACUCGUGAUGCUCAACGAAAAGCUGGCCAAGACCACAGAGUUCGCUGUGGAUCUCGAGCACCAUUCCUACAGGAGUUUCUUGGGAAUCACGUGCCUGAUGCAGAUCUCCACGAGGGACGAGGAUUUCAUCAUCGAUACUCUGGAACUCCGCAGCGAGAUGUACAUCCUGAACGAGACGUUCACGGAUCCUGCCAUUACCAAGGUUUUUCACGGCGCUGACUCUGAUAUCGAGUGGCUGCAGAAAGACUUUGGCCUGUAUGUGGUGAACCUGUUUGACACACACCAAGCAGCUCGCACCCUGAACCUGGGCAGACACUCGCUGGACCACCUGCUAAGGCUCUACUGCAGCGUGGACAUGGACAAGCGCUACCAGCUGGCGGACUGGAGAAUUAGACCUUUGCCUCAAGAGAUGUUUGAGUACGCGCGGGCCGACACGCACUACCUCCUGUACACGUACGACCGCAUUCGGCUGGACCUGCUGGAGGCUGCAAACGGGCAGCCCACUCUCAUCCAGGUGGCCUGGCAGAAGAGCAAGACCAUCUCCCUGAAGGUUUACAUGAAGCCCAUCUACACAGAGCACUCGUACCUGGAGCUCUACCGGAAGCAGAAGACGACCUUCAACACGCAGCAGCUGACAGCCUUCAGGCUGCUCUACGGCUGGAGGGACAAGCUGGCAAGAGAACAGGAUGAGAGCACCGGAUAUGUUUUACCCAACCACAUGCUGACGAAAAUCUCUGAAAAUCUGCCAAAAGAGCCACAGGGCAUCAUUGCCUGCUGCAACCCAGUUCCCCCGCUGGUGCGUCAGCAGGUCAAUGAGCUCCACCUGUUAAUCCAGCAGGCACGGGACAUGCCGCUUCUCAAGGCUGAAAUAGUGGCAGAGAAGAAAAAAGGACUGACACCUUCCAAGCAGCCUCGGGUACCUUUAUUUGGACCGCAUGACAUCUCCCAUGUCCCUGAGAGCCCGCUCUUCGACUUCUCCUCCUCUCCCGCAGUGGAGGCCAAACACGGAGUACUGUUCUCUGAGGAGGAGCCAGCUGAGGAGAUGGAGCCAUGGACCUGCCUGGUGGCCUCUGCCAAAAUCACACUCUUUGCAGAAGAGGACACGAAGCAGAAGAAGGUGGUUCCUCUGACGGUGGCCCAGCAGAAAGCGUGCAGCAUCAUGGAGUCCUUCGAGAACCCGUUUCGAAUGUAUUUACCAUCAAAGGACAACAACAUUCACAUCUCAAAGACAGCAAAAUAUGACCCAUCAUCGAAAGUGUACGAGAUCAGCAACAGGUGGAAGCUGCAGAGCAUAGAGCAGCAGAAGAAGGAGGCUGAAGCCCAGCAGGAGGCAAGGGCCAGGGCCAGAGAGGCGGCCAAGAGGGCGUCAGAGGAGAAGAAGAAGGCUCAGCAGAGCUACCAGGAGUCUCUGAAGGACGUCCAGACCGUUCGGCAGCAAGCCAGAGAGGCCGCCAGGCUGGAAGCAACCAAGCGAGAGGGUGACAGCAGCCACCUGGAGCAGAGUGCCCCCAAGGCCAAGAAGAAACAGUUGAACCCGACUGAGAAAGCGAGUAAAAAGGCCCCCCCCGAAGCGUCCGUUCCCUUCAAGCCCUUCGACUACAGUGAAGCACCUCUCAAAGUGUUCAGUGGGGCCAAACCCAAAGAGAGCGUGCAGUUCGACCCAAACAAAAAAGUCCAGGAGACCAAACAGAAGGGGAUUCAGACACAACUGGCCCAAAAGAUAAACCGCUCAUCAUUUCAGUAUCUGCAUGGAAGGAGAUAGCUGAGGACACUUUACUGUGCAAAGUCUCUUUGGGGAGCAUUAUAGCUCCAAGGACGUGUGUUCCACUGUCCAUCGUACAGGUUCUGUUUGCUGGACCACAGCCAUUCAUUUGCUUGUUACUCUAAGCUCCAUUUUUAGGUUUAAUUUUUAGUAAUUUUUUUAUUGGCACCAUUAAAUCAGCCAGUUGGAAGCAGGGAUUGGACCUGACUGUCUCAUGUGCCUGUGGAACAGACCAGCCCUAGUCAUCAGUCAUCAUUUACACAGAUGUCAGUUAACCCCUAGGAGUGAGCCAGAGCCGUCACCUAAGGUAUUUUGAUUAGUACAUGUUGCUUUACAUCUCAUUUGUAUUAUUUUAAUACGAUAAUGAGUCUGUAAAAUACUUUAGCAUUUUAAUGUCAUUGUGUACAUUAGGGUGACACCAUUAGUCAUUUAAGGUCUGUCCAUACAUUUAUUAAA